AUGUACUUCGUCAUCUUCUUGGUCUUGGCUCUCGCUGCCGCGAUUACCCUCUCGCUGCCGUCCCACAAGGACCGGCGCGAGGACGGCAUCGCUCGUCGUGCCCGCGGCGAGCUCAAGUCGAACCCCACUGUCGCCGGGUCGUUCUUGAAUCCAGCGCUCAGUGUGCCUGCCGGGGACGAAGACCAGGUUAUCGCCUGCACCUUAGUCGCCGCGGUCGACAUUGAUUGGAUGGGCUGCCAGACCGGCGGCAUCCUGGAUGGCUUUCAGUCCUUCAUCUUCGAUGGUUCACGUCGUCACCCCCAUCUCGACUUCAGCGUCUCGGUCGGCGACAACUUGAACAUCACGAUAAGCGUCACUGCGAUGAACGUCACGUCGGGCACGGUGGUCAUUACCAACCAGAGCACGAACCAGACCGUCUCCCGGGUCGUCACUUCCGGCCCUCUGUGCAUGAUGGAGGCAGACUGGCUCAUCGUGGACCUCGAAGAGGGAUUCCAAAUUCCCUUCCCCGACUUUGGCUGUCUCAACUUUUACUGGAGCGGCAAAACGUCGAUCCGCGAGGUGCUCUUUGGUGCGCUCCCGCCGAAACAGGCGUUCUACCUCGAGAUGACGACGCGCGUGCAGCGGCACACGUACGAGUGA